AAAACAUGAUGAUUAUCAACGGGCAGCUUGUGCCGGAUGUUGAUUGAGACGCGAUACUUAUUGUUCCAUCCUAUCCAAUGGGUGGAUGAAUCUUGCUUUCUUCAGCUUUCGAAGACUGAAUCAGCAUGCAUGUCCAUAUCCAGCUGAGUGCUUGUUUUCGGCCCCCACAAGCGCACGAAACGUAUAAAUACACUCGUCCCAUUCUGAACACCAAGCCCACUAAUACAGUUAACACAUGAUCUUGCUUUCUAUCAUGUCAUCCUUCAAUCCUCCCAGCACCAGAACAUACACCAAAGACCAGUGGCGCCUCGACAAAAUUGUCAACAGGGAACGCGAGACCUACGAGCUCGUCAGCACAAACAUGCCUCACGCGGACUCACAAGUUCUCGCAGGAGGAAGGAUAGCACUCGCCCCAAGAUGCCGCGCCUCUCUCUUGGAAGACACGCACGUACCGCCAGCAAAAGACCUGAAGCAGGACCAUAGAUCCAAGAUUGACUGUCCCGCUUCCGCUCCCGACGACUUCCUCGCCCUAUUCUUUUCGCGGCUGCCGCAAGAGCUCAGAGACCUAGUCUACACCUUCGUGCACAAGUGGCACAACUGGCCCCAUCAACCCACAAAAGACAUCAUCAUCCAACCACCCUAUCUCUUCCUCUCUCACGCGUGCACCAUCCCCUCGAAAACAUCCCCAUACUCCCCCAUCCCACCGCGCCUCCAUCUCUCCCCCCACCCAGACUCCCCCCUCCUUGCCCGCCUGUUGCACGACAUCACAGCCUCCUUCUUCGCAACGCAUACCUUCUGGGCGCGGUACCGGUACACGCCCGCGCUACAUGCGUUCCUCAGCACGCCGUUCGAAAACUCAGGCGUUGUGCCGGGCGACUGCUUGAGGAGGCUGGGCAUGCUGCUAGGGCCGCCAGAUUCGGCCGAGGACAGUUGGGGAUUGGAUGAUGAGGAGAGCGAGUACGGCUGGGAGAGGAUGUUUCCGGCGGCGAGGAAUGGGAGGUGUGCGAUGUGGAGGGGGCAGUUGGAAGGGGAUUUCACGGGCUUGGGGAGGGUGUUUGGAGGAGAUGGUGGUGGGGGAGGGGUAGGGGAUGAGGAUGGGAGUAGGGAGGCUCGUGAGGUGGAGGUUUAUUUGAUGGAUGGGUAUAGUGGUGAUAUCAGCGGUGUGGAAGCAUGGCUGGGUGAAUGGGUUGAGGGUGUGAAUGGAAGGGGAGGUAGAGUAGGUACAUCAAGGGCGCGAUGAUUUCGGUCUGAUAUUAUCAGUAAAUCUUGUCGUAUAUCUCAUUACUUUCAUGCUGUGUCUCU